AUGACGGCGAGGUUCUCUUCAUCCCUGCGCAGCCGCCCUGCGUGGAUCUCGGCGGUUGAAGUGCUGUACAAAGCACCCUCGGAAAUUAAAUGGAUUGGUAGCUGUUUACGAAUUCAAUCAUACAAAGAAACCAAAAUGGAAACCGAGGACUUGAUCGUAUUUUCCACCACGAAAGAAAAUACGGACAGCGAGGCUUGUUUCCGCUUCCUUCUUCUCUCUCCUGACGACCUGGACGGCUCGGCCAUGCACACACGGCUAGAGCGGUUCUACAACCUCGGUGCGCAUAUAGCUAUCGUGUUUCUUGAUGAGAGUGACUCUAGCGCAUUCGUGGGAUUUCAGAUCCGCAGAAUGAUGGAAAGCAAGCUAGAUGUCCCUGUUGUUCCAAUAAAGUCUACAGCGUCGCUGCCUGGGACUGUGAUGGCCUUCCAUCAGCGUUUCUCUGCGGCCCAACCACGAACUCCGAGACCGCAGGCUGUCAGGACUCUCCUGCCGUUCUGCACCAUCGGCCCCCUCCCGAUCCGAGAGCACAACUUCAACAUGCUAAGCGACAUUGUGCCAAGCUUCAGGGACUUGAUCGAUGCGAUAUCCACCCGCCAGGGACAGGAUGAACUUUGCAGUUAUAUCGGCCAGAGCGACGCGAGCGAUGUUAUCAAGUUCUGGACGGCUGAAUAUAGAGCCUGA